CAUCGUCAUCGUGGCACGUGGUGCGCGCUCUUGUUCCGUAGAACCACGGCCAUUUUGGUCACGUUCCAGAAGUGCCAGCUCAUCGUAGGCAACGGACUCUUACCAGCCACAGAAUCUUCUCCGGCAAAAGUAAUCAGAGGCGCACGGCGCACGGCGCGCAUCCCCAUUCAUAGCCAAGCGGACAUCUAAGCCCGCCUCCCAAGAUUUGGAAAACAUCUUCCCUUGUCCUCUGAACCCAUCACCACAAGAUAUGGCGACAGUGUUCAGCUGCCCGAAGUGUCGCAAGCGGUGUACCGCAUUCUACAUUGGACGCCCGGAUACUGUAUGGAAUGCAGAAUUCUGCUGCCCGGAUUGUGGCAGGCCGCUCAACGAUCCCGCACCCUACACGGGACUUCAGGAGGGUCCCGACCACCCCAAGAACGCCACCGAGCCGAUACAAGAUGGCGGGCACGUGGAGAGCUUUAGGCACCCCAAGAAUGUCACCAAGCCGAUACAAGAUAUUGAUCCCGAGUUCGGUAACAUGGAUCGUGGCCAGCCCUUCAACUGUCACGUACUCUACAAGGGACUCGUGGAGAGUCCUGCGAACACCAACAACGCCAUCAAUCCAAUACAAGAUAUGGAUUCAGAGUUCUGCUGCAAAAAGUGCGACAAGCAGUUCAAUGGUCCCGUACCUUACAUGGGACACCUGCGCAGCUCUAAGCACCUCAAGAACGCCACCGAGCCGAUACAAGGCCGAUACGAGCCGAUACGUGGCAGGAGCGACUCGAUUGACGUAAGCGGCCUGAUGCCGAGGCGUGGGAUGCCCAUCAUGUGCCAUGUCUGCAACGUCCCGUUAAACUCUCCAGCACUCUUGGAAAUCCACAAGAAGGGCAAGAAUCACUUGCGGAAGGUCAAGAACCUAGAGAUGCGGGCUCAAAUCAUGGCCGCAGGAGAUGGAGGAGCUUCUCAAGCCGGGCCCUCGUUUGCUCGCACGGAAACCUUCAGGGCCACUCCUUCCGCAUCCACUUCUGGCCACCGGUCGACGAUCGGUGAGGCAGCCGUCGACCUGUCCUGCAGUCUUUGCGGCAUUUUGCUCUUCGCAAGCGCGCAGUACAAGGCUGAACACAUGAGGACCUUCUCCCACCUGCGCCGGGCCACCCCUGACACCGACUCGGUUGCCCGUUCAGUGAACAGGCUCUCCAUCGACGAUGAUCAGUGAGACGAGCUGACGAGGACUGGGGAGACGACCAGCUUCGGCUAUAAACCCCAAAGUCCACGUUUGCGAUGACUCCAUUGAUCGACUACCCGGACGCAACGAAAAAAGAGCGAGGAGGAUUUUUUUUUUUUUUAAAGGCAUCACCUGCUAUUCCCAGUCUACUGCCGGGUACAUGCCUCCCGCUUACUUUUUUCCCCUCUUCUUUUCUUUUUCUCCCCUUUUGAAAUCAUUCAUGCGCAGAAGCACUGCCAUUCUGUCUACUCUUUCACCAUUCCCGUGUUUCUUUGUUUGUUUGUUUGUUUAUUUUUGCUUUUGUUUCUACACAUAUGGGUACCUUGCUUUCUUUAUGUAGGCAAAUCUCUGCUGAAAAUAAAGUUGGUACUGUGAACUCGA